AUGCUUAAAAAAUCAGCAGAUGAGCUGAGAGAAGCUCUUAUGAAGCCAAACAAGACUGAAGGAGAUAUUAAUGUAACUAUUAUUCAGAGACUCAAAAACAUAUUCAAAGAAAAUCCUAUUCUCAGACAAAUUCCACCGAACCAAAGAGCUGAGGUAACUUCCAAUUAGUUUUGUCAUCUAAUGAAGCUGAAAGAGUUGGCACCAUUAGAAGUUUGCAUAACAGAAAAAGAUAAGAAGCCCGAUCUUUAUAUUGUACUUAUUCCCUAAUUUCAAGAGAAAACUCAUUUUUAUUUGCUUUUAAAUAAUCUAGAAAGGCAUUUUUUGAGAAAAAAAUAAAUCAAACUUUUUAUUUAAAAAAAGGGAAACAUUUAUUUUUAAAAAAAUAAUUUAUUUUAAAUCUUUUAGCUUUAUUUAUUAUUAAAUUGAUAGAGUUAGUGGAAAACUUCAUGUGAAAAACCGUUCAAAAGAAGACUACUUUCUUGACCAAUUUCAAAUUUUUGGUUACACAAAAUUAUUGGAUCACAAUCAAUGAAUUCCUUCAAAGGUAUAGGGCUUUCCCUUGAAUAGCCCGAUAACGGGCUGGCUUCAUCCCGUUAUCGGGCUAUUCAAGGGAAAGCCCUAUAACUUCAAGGGAAAAUUCAAUCCUUAUCCAAAUCCCCAGAAAACGUAUGAAAAGAGCAAUGGAAAAGGUAAAAAAAAUCCAAGAUGACGCUAGGCUCUUAGAAUUUUUGGUAAAAACUGUGCCAGGAGUAAGACAGCUUGGCCAAGCUGGAAAAGAAAAAGUUUUAAGCUACUUUGAGCCCUGCAAGUUUAAAAAUGGCGAUUCACUAAUAAGAGAAGGUGAAAUCUGCAGCCACGCUUUUAUAUACCAUUUUUCUAUAAUUUUUUACUAUAAAAAUAUUAUUAUAUAGUUAUUUAUUGUUAUGAUUCAAUGAGAACCUGUAUAAUAGAAGAAGGAGAAUGUAAAUUAGUCAGCUCCAGACAUCCAGUGCGAAGACCAGAAUCAGCCCCAUCUAAAGGCUUGAUGUCAAGAACUACGAGUUGCUAUAAUUUUGGCCUUGCAGCAUCAGGUGAAUGGGUUGGGGAAGAUUCAAUUAUUCUGAACAAGCCUAUAGAGUUUUCUGUAAUUGCUGCUACUUCUGUAAAAGCAUUAAAAAUUUCAAAAGAGCGGUUUUCUGAAAGCUUGGCAAGGGAAACCCAAAAUACCUUAAGGGCAAACUUAGAAAACAAGCUUUUGUGGAGGGAACAAAGGAAAAAGAAUAUCUCACAAACCAUUAUGAAAAAUGUGUAUUCAGAAGAAGGGGUAAUGGACCAAGAAACUUUUAGCCAUACAGAAAAAAAUUAUUUUUUAUAUGAAUAAAUUGAAUUUUAGAUGGUAAAAAAUAAUUAAUAUAAAAAUUUAUUAGUAAAGGGUAUAUCCAAUAGCUACAAAAUCAGCACUAUUGAAUAUAAGGAAAAUUGAGCUAGAAAAAACAGAUUUUAAUGUUAAACAGAUGCUUGCUAUGCCAAAUGCGAGGCAAAGCCCUAAAAGAAGCUUAAGCCCACUGCAAGAAUUGAUGACAAGUGGGCAGAUGACUAUCCCAGUUUCACCAAUUGAAUCACCAGUGAAUUUAAUGAUAAGACCAAAAACCAAUGCGUCGUCUAUUAGGCCAAAUUCUGGGCUUCGGCCAAGCUCAUCACAUUUUUCACAAAGGCCUAUAUCGGCUUAUACAUCCUCAUUCGGAAACCGGCCAAUUUCAGCAUUAACAUCAUUUGGAAACCGCCCAAUUUCUGCCAUAACUAUUAAUGGAACUAGAAACCUCAGCCACGCUCUUUCCCUCAACAAUUUAUUAAAUGAAAAGCCUGAAAAACCACUAAAAACCAAGCUGUAUUCAGCAUGCACCUUAGGAUUUACAUUAAUUCCUACAAUGACCAGGACACAAUCAUUAAACUCUAUGGCAACCCCUACAGUUUCUUGCCAAAUCCCAGCUGUUGUAGAUGUAAAAGAUAGGUUUGGGUAUACAAAAUUAGAAAUAGAUGACCCUAAUGAAACUUAUGCACAGAAAAUCAGAAAAGGAAGGCCUGCGUCUCCAAAUCCAGUUGAGGUGUGGGCUAAAAAAUAUUCAAUAAAUUUAGAAAAAUAA